AUGAUUUUAGGGAAGAAAUUGAGCUGCUUAUGGACCUUAGGUCUUUGUCUGGUAGCCAGUAAAUCGCCUCCCAAAGUCCCCUCCAUCACAAAUCAGACGUUUAUAGACGAGUCCGUGAAAGCUCACAACGAAGCGCGUGGCAGAGUCCAGCCCACUGCAGCCAACAUGAAACACAUGAGUUGGGAUGAAGGUUUAGCGAAGACUGCUAAAGCAUGGGCGAACAAGUGCAAACUCGGACACAACCCCUGUUUAUCAAAAUCAUAUCAAUGCCAUCCAACAUUUCAAUUUGUUGGAGAAAAUAUCUGGUUUGGUGCAUUAAUUAUAUUUACACCAAAAUCUGCUGUUGACUUGUGGUAUAAUGAAACUGAAUUUUAUGAUUUUAAUCGUCUAUCAUGUUCCAAAACUUGUGGUCAUUAUACACAGGUAGUUUGGGCCAAUUCAUAUAAAGUUGGUUGUGCAAUUACAAUUUGUCCUAAACUUGGGAGACCUGACGCUGCAAUAUUUGUAUGUGACUAUGGACCUACAGGAAAUUAUCCAAAUAUGCCCCCUUACACUAAUGGAACACCCUGCUCUAUGUGUGAAGGAGAUACUUGCGUAAAGAAACUCUGCCAAAAUAAAGAACGUGAUAAACCUCAAACAUAUCCAAAUUGGAAUCCACCGGGGACAGCACCUCAGCUGAUAGCAUGUACUCCAUUGUACCUGAUUUCUGUUUUUCUGAGACUAUUUUAA